CGCCUGCGAUAAAUUCAGCGGUAAACCACAUUGCGCACUCUCAGUUGAUAUUUAGCCGUGUGGAGUCCCUCAGCAACAAAUCUGUUUACCCAAGCCUGACAUCAUUUCAAGAUGGCGCUUAUUACUCAUCUGGUCAUAAUCUUUGCCCUUGUCAUCGUCCUAGGCGCUCUGGUUUUCCAGAUUUUGCCGAGACUUUUCCCGAAGAUACGAAAAUCUUUGCCGUCUCAAAGCUUUAUUAGUUAUACUCAAACCGUGCCUAUCAUGUUCAUGUUUGCAAGCCUGGCUUGGUUGUUCUUCAGUCGUUAUCUUCAGUCUCAUGUCGGACAAGAUGCUUAUUAUACAGUCCAUGGCUGGGCCCACAUCGUUUUUGUGGUGUAUGUUUUCAGCGUGGUGAUUUUUAACUAUCUUUGCGCUGUUUUCAUCAAGCCUGGUUAUCCACAAMCGCAGGAAGAGUUCACAAAGGAGAGGAGUUUCGUCAAGCGCUAUGAAAUCUGUAUCAAGUGUAAAAAGAUUCGAAACUUUGGAACCCAUCACUGCAGCUGGUGUAACAGUUGUGUAAAAAUGAUGUGCCAUCACUGUCCCUUCACCAACAACUGCGUGGGUUUGAAGAACUAUGUUUAUUAUUACACAUUCUUGGGUUAUGCGUUCUUUGGUAUGGCUUACGCAUGUUAUCUGGCCUACUUCCCGUUUUCUUCGUGUUAUCGCGUGGUUGGUGCGAAUCAUCUCUCAAACCUUCUAAGCCAUCCAGAUUUCACUGCAUUUAGUAAAUAUACUAGUGUAAUGCAUAAAAUCAAUGCCACUACACCAGAGAUGUGCGAGCAAAUGGGUGAGUACAUCAUCCUUCUGGCUCCAGUUGGUGUGGUGACCAUCUUCAUGGGGUUGCUCUUUGGUUUCCAGUCUCUACUCCUGGCUUCUGAUUUAUCUAUUGUAGAUUUUUAUGACACAAUUGGGAGGUCAAACUCUGUCGUAGAGUUCUUCAAGACCCUGUCCUUAAGCAUCCGUAAGAAGAAGAAGUCACGGUUCUGGCUGAUGGUUUACCAACAGAAGAGCAGAUGGUGGAAAUUUUUCCUUCCAUUUUACAUAGAUGUGGAAGUUGAGAAACCUAAUGGUAAACUGGACAUGUGAAUAAGACCUGUCCAUUGGAAAUAGAGUACCAAAGUGUAACAUUUAGACUUACUUGAAAUCCUUUAAAAAACUUUCAUCUGUUUGGUUGCUUCAAUCGUUCUCGCAGAGAGGUCAACUUGGAGCAAGUCUAUGUAACGUCCAAAUAUCAAAGUUGAAAUUCAGUUUUUAAAUGUUCACUUUGCAGAGAGCUUGCACAACAUUCCUAAAUUUCUGCCAACUCUAAAGCCAAAAAUCCUCAUACAUUUUCUCUUAUUUUGUACUGAACGCAACCAUGUUAGAUUCCGACUCAACUCAAUUAAGAAAACCAGAUAAGAGAAAAUGAAUGAGAAUAUAUAUCUACAUUGAAAUACCUUUAUCUCGGCUGUUUUUCACUCUGUCGCACUGAUCUGAUGUUCCACACUAUAUCAUAAUUCUUACAUAUAGUUCCUGGUAAUGUUACCAUUUACAGGAAACACUGGUGGUGUAGCAGUGGGAGCAUUUGACUCUCACCAAGGUGACCUGGGUUUGUCAUUCCCAGGUUUGGGGACAUGUGAGUAGAUUUCGUGAGUAGAGUGGUAUGUUAGCAGUCUUCUAUGCUUCAAGGGUCUUUCUCUAGUUUUCCUUAAUACUCUGCAAAAAUCAAUUUUUAAAAUUCCAUUUGGAAUUUAGUAGAUGGAGAGCUUCUCUGUAGAAAUGCCACUGUUAGAUCCAUAUAAUUUUAUUUAUCUAUUAAUUUUCUACCAAGAGGUCUUUAAAAAUGCUUUUGUGAUUUCAUCACUUUGAUACUCUAUUUUUCAUCCUUUUAAGAAUAUUAUGAAAUUCACAUUACUUCUAAGGUCUUUUGGCAUUUCUUAUUAUUUGCUCUUUCGUUUCUAAGGCACCUUGGGAAAAAGAAGGAGGGCCCUCACAUAUCAAAAAAUGAAACCUAGAACAUCACAGAUGCAUUUCUUGUUUUGAGGCAUCAAAGAACAUUUUCAAGCAUGUUCGCAAUAUUUUUCAAUAUAUUUAUUGUUGUUAUUUAAUGCACGUAUACUCAUAUACAUAAAUCAUAGGGCCAUUCAUACGGGGUAAAAUAAGGUGUGUUUUAAUUACCCCUGUAUCAAUAACCUUAUUUUAAAAUUCCAUAUAAACUAGGAAUUAUUUUCAAAAUGCACUUAUUUGAUAAUUUAAUGCACGAAUGAAGCAAAACAACUAAAAUAUAUGUUGUUUAAGCAGUAUUUAAGGUAUCCUCCAUAACCUAGGGGUAAAAUUGUGUCUCUCAUUUCUCACUGCCAGAAAAAAAAAAGAUUUUGUUCUGAAAUAUUUUUUUCUGGUAGUGAGAAACAAGGGACAGAAUUUUACCCCUGGGUUACCAAGAAUGUAUUUAAGGUAUAAAUUAUUAAGAAAUAUUUCUGCACUGUUAUUUAUGAAUUUCUAAGUUACUGCAUAAGUUUUUUAUAAAUAUCACAAUUUUGUAAAUAGUUCAUUCAACUUUUCUUGUAACUUUUUAAAAUAGUGUCAAUUUCAAUAAACCACACGUUCGAUGUA